AUGGCAGCCGGUAAAGAUGCAAGAGAACAAAUAGUGAAGGCAAUCCCCAGUGCCAAAGUUGAUGCCAUGGAACUGGAUCUCAGUUCGUUAUCAUGCGUUAGAAAAUUCGCAUCGGAUUUCAAUUCCUCCGGUCUUCCUCUUAACAUCCUAAUGAGUUAUGGGAACCCCUUUCACGCCUUCGAAGCAUGGAUGGAGCCAAUGAAGGUUCACUGGGAAGAAAUUUCUGGCUCCGUCUCUGCUUCGAAGGACAAGAUCGAACUUCAGUUCGCCACAAUCCACGUCGGUCAUUUUCUUUUGACAAAUCUUUUGUUGGAUACUAUGAAGAAAACAGCACGCAAAAGCGGCAAAGAAGGGAGAAUCGCCUUGGCGGAACAACUGCCAAUGUCAUCUCAUCACCCUGCUGUACCGAUACCUGAGGUAGUGGCCGAACCAGCUGCCGCUCCAGCUGUGGCUUUGGAGCCGACCAUUGCGCCUGCUUUGGAGGAGACGGUCGCACCUGUCGAGGCAUCCCUCAUCAAACGACCGACGACCAUUCUGGAAGGGCCUUCGUGGGAGGUCGAGCUCGACGCCUUGAUUACAACUACCUUGGAAGUGACUGGCUCUUCAACGACUGCAACCAAACCUUCCGCAUCAACGGCCGAACCAGAUGUUCUCGUCAAGCUGCAGGAACUGCUAUCCCUUUCGUUAAGCUACGAAGCUAUUACUAAAGCAUCUUCUGCUCUGGAACGAACUCGAGAAUAUUUUGAUAUUUUUGAGGGAGUUCUUCGGGCCGAAGAUGACUUGAAAGUUGCGAUGGUCGUUCAAGAAGCUUUGCGUCCACGGGACGACAUGCUGAAGAUGAAAAAGGAAGCGCUGGCUGACCUCGAUUGUCAUAUUGCCAAACUUUAA